GGCCCUGCGGCUCACAGCAUUUCUCCUGGCACCCUCCCUGGCCAAGCGGCUUCUUCCUCUGGGCAGCUGGUGCAUGGCGAUGGCCUGGCCGUUACUCCUGCUGGCACUGUGUGCCCCUGGCGGGCUCUUAGGCCUUGCAUCAGCAACAUCAACCGCAAGACCAUCGGGGCCAAGCAGUUCCGGGGGCCCGAGCCAGGGACGCCGGCCUACCGCUUCGUGAGAUUCGACUACGUCCCGCCGGUGGGUGCGGAUGCCCUGCGCCAGCUGGUGGCGGCCAUGCAGCGCAAGGACGGCUUCUUCCUGUCGGCCAGCCUGCGGCAGGACGGCGCGUCCCGGGGCACGCUGCUGGCCCUCGAGGGCCCCGGGGCCACCCAGAGGCAGUUCGACCUCGUCUCCAACGGCCCCGACGACCGCCUGGACCUCACCUACUGGCUCGACGGCCGCCCGCACCUGCUGGCCCUGGAGGACGUGGGCCUCGCCGACGGCCAGUGGAAGAACGUCACCGUGCAGGUGGCGGGCGACGCCUUCAGCCUGUAUGUGGGCUGCGACCUCAUCGACAGCGUCCGGCUGGAGCAGCCCUUCUAUGAGCAGCUGGUCACCGACCGGGCCCGGAUGUACGUGGUCAAGGGCGCCAGCCGAGAGAGCCACUUCCGGGGCUUGCUGCAGAACGUCUACCUGGUGUUCGAGAACUCAGUGGAAGAGGUGCUGAGCAAGAAGGGCUGUCUACAGGGCCAGGGAGCCGAAGCCAAUGCCAUCAGCGAGGACACGCAGACACUCUACCUGAACCCCAACCUCCCGUCCACGGCCCUGGGCCACUUGCAGCUGCAGCCUGGGGUGUGCGGCCGCUCGUGUGAGGAGCUGGGCAGCAUGGUGCAGGAGCUGGCACAGCUGCGUGGCAUGGUGGGCCAGAUGCAGGAGCGCCUGCAGGCCAUGUCCAGCGAGAACCAGCUCUUCCUCGAGAUCAUUGGGGGCCCCCACAGGAUGCGGAACGUGUCGGGGUGUCUGCAGGAUGGUCGCUUCUUCGCGGAGAACGACACAUGGGUGGUGGACAGCUGCACGACUUGCACGUGUCGGAGACUUAAAACCAUCUGCCACCAGAUCACCUGCCCUCCAGUCACUUGCGCCACCCCGACCAAACAGGAAGGCGACUGUUGCCCCUCCUGUGGCCAUGUGGCCAGUGAGGAAGGCUGGUCGCCAUGGGCUGACUGGACAGAGUGCUCGGUCACCUGUGGGUCCGGCACGCAGCAGAGGGGCCGCUCCUGCGAUGUGACCAGCAGUUCCUGCCGGGGCCCAUCCAUCCAGACACGAGGCUGCAGCCCUGGCCAGUGUGACCCUCGCAUCCGGCAGGAUGGAGGCUGGAGCCACUGGUCACCGUGGUCAUCCUGCUCAACCUCCUGUGGCGUGGGUGCCAUCACCCGCAUCCGCCUCUGCAACUCCCCCCUGCCACAGCUGGGAGGCCAGGCCUGCCGGGGGAGUGGCCGUGAGACACAGGCCUGCGAAGGCACCCCCUGUCCUGUGGACGGUCGCUGGAGCCCCUGGUCCCCUUGGUCGGCCUGCUCAGUCACCUGUGCGGGUGGCCUCCGGGAGCGCACACGCAUGUGCAACAGCCCUGAGCCGCAGCAUGGCGGGAAGGCAUGUACUGGGGACCCAAAGCAGCAGCAGAUGUGCAGCAAGAGGCGAUGCCCCAGAGACGGCUGCCUGUCGAACCCCUGCUUCCCCGGGGCCCAGUGCAACAGUUUCCCUGAUGGCUCAUGGUCCUGUGGCUCCUGCCCGCCGGGUCUCCUGGGCAACGGCACCUCCUGUGAGGACCUGGAUGAGUGUGCCAUUGUCCCCGACGUCUGCUUCAGUACCAGCCGUUGUGUCAACACUAACCCCGGUUUCCACUGUCUGCCCUGCCCACCGCGCUACCGUGGAAACCAGCCCUUUGGGGCUGGCCUGGAGGCUGCACAGACAGACAAGCAGGUGUGUGAGCCCGAAAACCCAUGCCGGGACCAGACGCACAGCUGCCACCGGCAUGCAGACUGCAUCUACCUGGGACACUUCAGCGAGCCCAUGUACAAGUGCGAGUGCAGCACGGGCUAUGCGGGCGAUGGGCAGCUGUGCGGGGAGGACUCAGACCUGGAUGGGUGGCCCAACCAGAGCCUGAGGUGUGCUGGCAACGGCUCUGCACACUGCCUGCAGGACAAUUGCCCCCUGCUGCCCAAUUCGGGGCAGGAAGAUUUCGACCUAGAUGGCCAGGGGGACGCUUGUGAUGAGGAUGACGACAAUGAUGGAGUCACCGACGAGCAGGACAACUGUCAGCUGCUCUUCAAUCCCGGCCAGCUGGAUGAUGACAAGGAUGAGGUUGGGGACCUCUGUGACAACUGUCCCUUUGUGCACAACCCCGCCCAGAUCGACACGGACCACAAUGGGGAGGGGGACGCCUGCUCAGUGGACAUUGAUGGGGACGACGUCUUCAAUGAGCGGGACAACUGUCCCUAUGUGUACAAUACCGACCAGCGAGACUCCGAUGGAGAUGGUGUCGGCGAUCAUUGCGACAACUGUCCUCUGGUGCACAACCCCGACCAGACCGACGUGGACAAUGACCUGGUGGGAGACCGGUGUGACAACAAUGAGGACAUCGAUGAGGAUGGCCACCAAAACAACCAGGACAACUGCCCCUACAUCCCCAAUGCCAGCCAGGCAGACCACGACCAGGAUGGCCGUGGUGACGCCUGCGACCCAGAUGACGACAAUGACGGAGUUCCAGAUGACAGGGACAACUGCCGGCUAGUGCCCAACCCGCUGCAGGAAGACACAGAUGGUGAUGGGAGAGGGGACAGCUGCAAGGACGACUUUGAUAAUGACACAGUCCCUGACAUCUACGAUGUGUGUCCCGAGAACAAUGCCAUCAGUGAGACAGACUUCCGGAACUUCCAGAUGGUGCCCCUGGACCCCAAGGGCACCACACAGAUCGACCCCAACUGGGUCAUCCGCCACCAGGGCAAGGAGCUGGUGCAAACGGCCAAUUCAGACCCUGGCAUCGCUGUGGGCUUCGACGAAUUCAGCUCGGUGGACUUCAGCGGCACCUUCUAUGUGAAUACGGAGCGGGACGACGACUAUGCUGGCUUUGUGUUCGGCUACCAGUCAAGCAGCCGCUUCUACGUGGUCAUGUGGAAGCAGGUGACACAGACCUACUGGGAGCACCAGCCCACACGAGCCUACGGCUACUCGGGAGUGUCCCUCAAGGUGGUGAAUUCCACCACGGGCACCGGGGAGCACCUACGCAAUGCACUGUGGCACACGGGGAACACAGAGGGACAGGUACGCACCUUGUGGCACGACCCCAAGAACAUUGGCUGGAAAGACUACACAGCCUAUAGGUGGCACCUCACCCACCGGCCCAAGACGGGCCUCAUAAGGGUCCUGGUGCAUGAAGGAAAGCAGGUGAUGGCUGACUCUGGGCCCAUCUACGACCGAACUUACGCGGGGGGACGCCUUGGCCUCUUCGUCUUCUCACAGGAAAUGGUCUAUUUCUCAGACCUCAAGUACGAGUGCAGAGAUGUCUGAAGGGACGGGCUGACCCCGACAUGCUGUAGAUGCCUCCGUGCUCCAUGGCACCUGUUUCUCUUUCAUGACCUUCACCAAGUGGGCCACCACCUGGGUCUCAGCACAGCCAAUGUCCCCAGGAGCAGAGACAGUGGAGGCUGCAAGGACUGGACUGCCCAGCUUGGUGUUCCUCUUGUCCUCACUCUGCUUUACCAGAAACAAAAAAGGACCACUGGGGGCUCUAGGGCUGGAUGCAGGAGCACACGCGGCAAGUCCCCAAUGGCCACAGCCCAGGAGGUCGGUACAGGGUCCUGUGGCCGAGGCAACGCCUGUGUUGGGCGUGGGAUGCCCAGGGACACUAGGGCCAUGUCCCUUGUUCUGCUUGGCUGUGGUGGCAGGGGUCAUUGUCACUCACAAUGUCCUGGACAGGUGGAGACGGGAUGGGGUGUGUUCCUGCAGGGCUCACGGUCGCUUGCUCGGCCAUCUUUGGGGCUGCAGGCAGACAUGCCUUGUUGAUAUUUAUUAAAAGAUAGAGAAUGAGUC